ACUACAACGGGUUUUUUUUCUACCCUCUCUUCCAGUGCUGCUUGCAAGAGUCAGCGGUGGAGACGAGUUCAGUUCCUGAGAAGCUCUGCGAGGCUACACUCCGACAGUUUGUGAAGAUGUGCUCCAUGUUGCGCGUGCUGGUGCUUGCAAGCAUAACAGGAUGGGUCGAGAUGAUCACAGUGACGACGCCGCAGAAAUUCAUCAAUGUCACAAUGGGUGAAAGUGCCCUCCUCCAGUGUGUGUUCGCGACCACUCCUGAGACCAGCAGCCUCACCAUCCAGUGGGACUUCAUUUCAGCCUUGACACUCAAGCAGGUCUAUUACUAUCAGUCAGGAAAGGAAGUCAUUCCCAGUCCGUACGCGGGUAGACUUCAGCCUCCCUCCUCUCCAGCCACGACCCGCAACGCCUCGAUAAUGAUCCACGACAUGCAGCCAUCAGACAGCGGAGUCUACACCUGCGAGGUUCACAACUUUCCCGAUGUGAACGGGCAGUCUCAGGCCAAUAUCGUCGUGAACGUUCUCGAGAGGCCCUCUGCGCCGUACUGCGCCGUCCACGGUGACGUUGAGACAGGUCACCUGGUCACUCUGACCUGCCACAGUGAGCGUGGGAGCCCCACCCCCACAUACACCUGGACCCGCCUGGACCAGACUAAGACCAGGAGGCCUCCACUGGGAAGCAUAACCACAACUGGAAUGUAUAAAAUCAGAAACAUCUCUGAAUUCGAGUUUGGGGAGUACCAGUGCAACGCCACGAACGUGGCGGGCUUUUCAACUUGCACUAUUGAGCUGAGUUCUGAAGUGGGAGAUGGAGUGAUUGCUGGUGCAGUGAUCGGCGCGCUGCUGGGGUGCGUCCUGAUCGUCCUGGUGGUGUGGUUCAUCGCUCACACCGUGAAGAGGCACAGAUACAAAGCGGUGAAAGAGGCCGACGAGAUGAAGAGGAGCUCCCACCAGGCCCAGGAAGCUGCAGAGAGCGUUCCCGUGGCAACCACUGCCGGAAACCUCCACGGUGUGGAAGAUGAGCCACAGGCCUAAAAAAGGGCCUGAUGAAAUGAAAACAACUGGAGCAACGUCAUUCAUCAUGUCCAGGAUGUUCAGUGUUCAACACACGUCAUUCUCACAUUCAAUCAAUACCACCACGUUACGUUCAUGUUUGAUAUGACGUGAAGUCGGGCUAUUUUCAAUUUGCCUGACUUGUUUGAUGUUUGUUUUUUAUAACUCAAACCUCUGAUGGAGUGCAGAUGCAAUUCUUCUAACAUGGUGUUGACCACAAAAAGCCUUUUUUUUUUUUUUUUUUACAUGUUUAUUUGACCAUUUUCAUAGAAUGACAAUCGGUGCAUGAUGAUGACUCAUCCAUUUUUAGAUGUCCAGAGAUAGAUCGGUUUAGAUUAGAUAAGAUAGGAAAUAAAUAUCAUAAUCAAUACAAUACAAAUUGUUGAAUCACUACAUAAAUACAUCUUGUAAUACAAACUGCAGUUCUGUGCAACAAAACUCAUUGCAUGCUUUCAUCUUUUACAAUUGCAUUUUUAACAUGUGGGUUUGAACCCGGCGAUUAAAGCAUUCUAAUUCUUUCAGAUGAUAAAAUAUCUUUUUUAUAUGUAUCUUUAUUAAAAGUUAAUAUUACAGUCGAAUUCUUGAAGGGAAUGGGAGGAGAAGCAAUCCUAGAUUAAAAUCCCAUUGAUAUUUGGUUUGUACAAACUGUCAAGCAGCUGUGGAUAAAGUGAGAGUACUGUGUGUAUUAACAUUUACAGAUUCUGAUUCAAUAAAAAUGUUGUGCUUUCUGA